UAAUAUAGAGUAAUCUAUUAAAUUUACUGAUAAAUAAAUAAAUAUUAAAAUGCAAAAAACAAAAAUUGAUUAAAUUUCACCCCUAGAAAAAUGGCUAAAAGAAAAGCUAUAAGAAAUCAAAAAGAAGACACCUAAUGAAUUAGAGAUUGAUUUAAGCAUCUUCAAUAUACCAAAUGCUCUACAAAUAAUAGCAGAUUCACUAGAUAAUUGGAAUUAGUUAUAUACACUAAAUAUCAGUUUACCCAAAAAUGAAGUUACCACUUCAGAAGUUGAGAAUUUAGUUAAAUCUUUAUAAAAAUAUUGCUGUGUUUCAAACCUUUCUCUUGUUUUCAACUGUUUUUAGUUGAAUGAAGAUAUUAUGCUAAGUAUAGGAUAGGCUAUUUGUAGUUCCUAAAAUAUUUAAUCUUUUAACUUAGCUUUAAGAAACAAGUAAUUAGAUUCUUAAAAAAUAACUAAAUUCCUAGAGGGUAUGGAAGUAUGCACUAAUCUGACAUAAUUUACUCUUAAUUUAUCUUGUAAUUAGUUUGACUAAGAAGGAGCUUUAAAGUUAGCUGAUAUUUUUACUCUUAUGCCUAACCUCAUUUAAUUUAAAUUACUGUUGACAGGUUGUUAAAUAGGCUCUGAAGGAGUUUCUUAAUUAGGUAAAAAAAUAGCUGAGUGUCAUAACUUAUAAAGUUUUUCGUUGGGAUUGAUAAAUAAUAAUAUUAAUUAUGAUGGUGCAUCUAAAUUUUUAAAUGUAUUAUCUAAGCUUUCCAGACUUAAUUCUUUGAACUUAAAUCUAACAGCUAAUAAGAAUCUGAGAUAUGAUUGCUUGAUGAAUAUAAUCUAUAAAUUACAGAGAAUAGUAAAAUUUACUAGCACUAACAGACAACCUUAUUUUUUAGACUGAUACUCAUUUAAUUUACUAUAUAGAAACUAAAUUUAUAUGUAGAUACAUAAAUAAUUAUUUGUUAUAAUAAAAAUGUUUAUAUUUUAGUCAAAACUAAUAAACACUUACAAUAAGCU